UUCCUAACCAAGGACCAACUUGGAGGUCUUUAUUCCAGUUGAGCCUCAUUUCAAUGAGUUAUUGGCCCUUAAAUGACAGGAGUUGGAAAAUACGUUCAGAUUCGUAGCCCAAAUAUGAGCUGUAUUUCCACAACCCUGUCUUGUUUAUUCGUAACUUUGGGCUGGAUUGUUUCUCGUGUUAGUUUGAAGGGCGACUUCCCGCUCCAAGUGUGAUGUGUUGUGCCAAAGAUGGAGUGCUGCAUGUUGUGGAAGUGCGGUAGAGAAGCUGUCAUAAGUGACAAAAUGUGGAAAAAUAAGCAAGAAAGCCAACUGGCUCAACCAAGUGAACGUGAACCGAGAAGAAAAGAGAGAUUUCCCAUCUCCUUCCUCUUGGGUUGGUCCCCUUCUCGGGUUCUCCCCCUGGUUGUUCCCGAAAGCCAAAAGCGAGGCUCCUCCUUCUCCUCCUUCUCCUCUGGGUUCUGCUUGCUUGCAAGAUGAUAUUGCUGAGGUUGGUUCAGCCAAGGAGAAGGAGACGAAGAGGAGGCAAUUCACUUCAUCCCAGCAGGCGAGGCCGACCUCGAGCCAAAUCCCAUCCAGCCUCCACGCGAUCCAGCCUCCACGUGAGCAAUUGAAGAGAGAGAAGAAGAAGAAGAAGAAGAUGAUGAUGAUGAUCAGUCAGUGGGUUCCACGGGAUCCACCGUGGCGACUUGCACGGGCAUUACAAAUCCAAGGUCCAUGAAAUGAAAUUCGAGUUUGAAAUCGAUGUUCCCUAGUAGUGAGAGAGAGAGAAAGAGGGUCGAGGAUCAUCCGAGUGAGUGCAGGACGAGAGAUGGUUUUGGCUCUUGAUCAUCCAAAGGCGAAUAUGGUCACUACUCGGAAAUUAAGCUCCCGCGCAGGCAGAGAGAGGUGCUUGCCUUUUACUUCAAUUCUCUGAACGUUUUUGCUCUGGAACACGCGAGGAGAAGACGGGAGAAGACGAAGAGGAACAAGAUGAUGUAGAACUGGUCUUGGAAAUGGAACAACCAGUCAGUACCCAGCCAACUCCGCUCCCGAGAACGUUCCAAGAAAGAAGGAGAGAAGAAAAAAAGUCGACGACGAUUUUUCUCGCUCUCCGUGUUCUGUCGUGGCCACGGGUGUGAAUAUCCUGCUUGCUUCACUCGUCUCCGUGUGCCUUCGCGGAGUGAACCAUCGUAUACAUACAGGGACUAGUAGUGUAAGUGUGUGUGGGGGGGUGAUGUGAAGGCUUGAAAAAACAUUGCCCGACUGAUGAACGAAAAAAGAGUCACCAACACCGAAGAAGAAGAGCGAUCACCGAUAGACAACCUCGAGUUUUUGCUCGUCCUGAUACGGCUCUCGUUUCGGAGUGGAUAAUCCACAAAAGAUUCCAAGAUCGCCCCAAAGGAACAAGAGGAACAUAUAUUCAUUCACCAACCAAUCCCGGCCAAAAUAAUGAAGAGGGCCGGGGAAUGAGUACCAAGGCAAAGCCUGUAAAGACGAUGAUGGUGAAUGCCUAAUUCUCCCUUCCUCCUUCUUUCUUCUUUCUUUCUUCUUCCUUUUUCUUUCUCCUCACUCCUCUCUCUCCUCCGUCCCACUCGGCUCGUUUUUUUCUCCCCUUUGAGAGAGUGAGUGUCUUUCUCCCUCCACGCUUCUCCACGAGACUCCUUCCAACUGGCUCUCCUUGGAACACGCUCUACCCGCGUCCAGGGACACACACACACACACACAAAACAUAUCUCUCCCCCCCCUCCUCACUCUCGAUUCUCCCUCGCCUGUCUCGAAGGAUCGAGGAUGGACAGUCAACACUUUCAGUCAUGGCAAUGGAAUAGGAAAGCGCUUGGAACCCCCCUCCCCAGCUUGGGACAGGGGCAGCUGAGCUCGCUCUGAGUCACACUUUUUAGCUUGGUACCAGUGCUUUCUGGACCAAUCCCAGUUCCUUGGUUGGGGAACACGACGAAUAGUACGAACAGUCCGGAGAGAGAGAGGAGCGACAUCAUGCUAUUUGGCACGCUCGGAAGGAGCCGACUUGGGGAAAAACGAUUGCAAACAUCUGCUGCUCGUAUUGAUGUGAUCAAUGUGUAUUUGUCUUGAAAAAAAAUGAAGGACAGUGGUGUGCAAGCAUGAUUCGGACUUCCCUCGGCCUAUGUGGUUCCACGAGCACCGCAUUGGGGGUCAUCUGGCUAGUGGGACUAGCCGCCGCUUCCAAUUCCACCCAAUGGAACGAGUCUUCCACAAAUUGUUUCGCAUUGGCGAAUGACAUCACAUGGCGAACCGAGGUCUUGGUUCACGACCCCGCGGCUGCCACUCUAGGCCUUAAUCUGCCAGCCAUGGGCCCUGACAUUUUGGAGUGCCUUGAAAGCCAACAAAGCGACAAUGUCUCGUAUCUCAUCCACCUGAUGCACACAUCCGAAGAGAGUUCGCCAGACAAUCCUUCGGAGUUUCAGGCUCGGCAAUUACAAAGCAGGAAGGUGUCUGUUCCUGACUUGAUGUCAUCCAGAAGCAAGAACGCUACCCAAUAUCACCUUUUCGAGCUGGUCUUUUGGCCUGGAAUCUACCAUCUCCGCUUCUGUUCCAAUCAAGACCAAGGCGUAGAAGAUAAAGACGAGGACAAAGACAGAGAUGGAGACGAAUACAUCCAACUAAUCGAGAGCCAAGAUGGAUGUGUGGAAGUCGGCACGGUCCUUCAAAUUGAUGAGGAUCAAUAUUUGUUCUCCGACUGUGAUAGUACCAUGUCCAAUGGUACCUCUGACAACAGCAACCCAGUGAAGUGGAAUGACACGCGACAGAGCGAUGGCAUCAGUUUUGGUCUCCGCUUUAGGCCUUGCCUUUCAUACGAGUCUUCCCUGACAUCUGCUACAAACGAAAUCCCCGAGGCCAUGGCCGUCAUCAAGGUCAAGACAUCGUCGACGGGGGACUGUCAGACCAAUGGCACGGUGAUCCACACUCAUCGUCAGGCUUUUUCCCGGUCGUCUAAUGGAACGGGCGACGCCGUCGUAUCGUUUGAACUACCGCAGGACUUGCCCAAAGACCAGUUCUAUUGCCUCGAGGCCACCUUACCCCAUCAUCCCUUGUGUGCUAAUCUCACGGGAAAUCAGCCUCAUAUCUGUGGAAUGCACUCACACAUCAUUUUCUUGGAAUCGAGGUCAAUGAUAGCCCAGUACAUACCUUUCUGCACUAGUCACUUCAGCUGCGGUUGGCUCUACAUUGCGGUUGUGGGCAUGGCCUUGUUCAGCUUGAGCUGUGUACUGGCCAUCUGUUGUGUUUAUCCCUGCUGUUGCCUUUGCUGUUGUCGACGGAGACGGCACAAGAAGUUUCCCGAUCAUCAUCGAAAUGAGACGAUUCCGUUUGAGGGGCUCUGCCUCCACGACUCAUCGGGGGUCAGUUUCCCACCCAAGAAGACGUGGGUCGAGCUACACUCGGAGUGGGACCGGCAGCCGCCCAAGAAUCCGGGCAAGAUCCUUUUGUUGUACUCGCCCGACACGAAACUUUUCAAAGACCUUCAGAACUCAUUCAAAAGUUUCCUGGAGGAAGCAUGCCACUGCAGCGUCCUGGAUCUCUUUGAUGAGGAACUCUUCCAGACCAUUGCCUUCGACCCCGAGCUUUGGUUGUCGAACUUGCUCCACGAUCCGGAUUUCAAGAUCGUGAUCAUUUGCAGUGAGGGCGCUUACAAACGUCAGCAGGCCUUACUCAAAGGCGAAGUGCUGAACAUCCCUAGCAAUACAACCAUGGACGGGCUUUUUUCUGCCGGGAUCAAAUUCAUUCAAGACAAACAUGCCUACGACUACAAUCGCUUGGCAUUGGCUCGCUAUGAGAUGUUGUCGCUCUCGGGGCCGGAAUUUCGUCUCCAGGAAAUGGUGCCCAAUCGGGAAUUCCUGGUGCCCACCCAGCUUCACGAGCUGUUCUGUUGGAUUCACGGCUACAAUCCAUUGGACCUCCUGGGCAAACCUUGGGAUCGAUAUCACUUGGAGUUGCAACUCCUCCAAGACGAUCUCAAGGCCGUUCGACGAGAUGGUCGCCCUGUGGCCUACCAGUGACUCAAGGCCUCGGCCUGCCCUCGGCCUGCCCUCAGCUCUCCCCCAUGUCGUUCUCAAUCCUAACCACCCCCACCCACCCCCAAGAUUCAUUCUGACUCGCCGGUUUGAUAUUCUUAGUGAGAACGAGGCGCAUUUACAUUAUUUGGACUUUUAACACGCUUACCGUAUUGUGAUCCCGUUGCUUUACCAUCACCCAUGAGACCAAUCUGUGGGUGGAACACCAUGAGUAUACUCAUCAUCAUCGUCAUCACUUCUCUUAAUUAUUUUAAUAAUCUUAUACCUAUUUUUGUAGGUGUCUCAUCUUGCCAUGUAAUAAAUAAAGGAAACACAAGCAUC